AUGGAGGCACUCCGUAAUCUUUCAUAAAAUGGCCGCCUGUCAGAGGCUAUUUAGCGCUCCCACAUGGGUCUUUGUAAUUUUGUGCCACUUCGCCUUUUGCAGAUAAUUUUUAAAUUUGCAUAGUUAAAGUUGUAUAAGUAAUUAAUACUCUACCUCUCAAAGGUAAAGUGAAUGUUGCCUGAUAGAAAGGAGGGAGACACAGGCACACAUCUAUGUGUUGCACAGUGUUGGGCAGGAAAUGGGAGGGGGGCAAUUUUGGAGGUGAGGUAGAAAUCACUUUCUGCUCUUGCAAGGGUGUUAGGUCAUGUGGGGGAAUAAAUAAACAAAUGGAGAGAUGAGGAAACUCAGUCUUCAUUUAUUUAUACUUCUCCCCAUACACCUACCUGUGCAGAACUGUGAUUGCGACAGGUGUCUUUGGGAAAAGAGCACUUGUGCUGCCCAACCAAAGACAAAUAAGAUAGGUGGACUUUGCAUAGCUCAGUUGGUUAGAGUGUGGUGCUGAUAAUGCCAAGGUUGCACAAUUGAUCCCCAUAUGGGACAGCUGCAUAUUCCUGCAUUGCAGGGGGUUGGACUGGAUGACCCUCAGGGUCCCUUCCAACUCUACAGUUCUAUGAUUCUAUGGUUAAUUUUUCUGCUCCCAAUGCUUAGCGCCCUCAAGGGGAUUUUCUCUAUUAUAGAUCUUACUGCUAUCACCCCUUGGUCCUAGAGUCCUUCCCUCCUUCCCAAAUAUGGGCAAGCACUUCUUAGGUUUCCAGCUUAUGUAAGGCAGUGCCAGGGCUCUAGCAUAACCCAGAACCCUUGCACCGUGCUCUCCAAAAGCCAGACAAAAUGGAGGCACUCUCUGAUCUUUCACAAAAUGGUGGCUUUGUGAGUCCGCUAUUUACCACCCCCGAAGUGGAUCUUCUUAAUUUUGUGUCACCUUGGCUGGCAUCCUAUGCAGAGGAACAGCUGUCAUUGCUGUCAAUCCUGCACUGAGCAUGGAGGCUUUCUGGGGUACCUCACUCUGGCAAGUUCCUAGAGCAUUCCCAAAGCUCGACAAGCGCUUACUGACAGCCAGGAGAGCUCUGGCAGCAUUCCAUAGCCCCACCACCAACACCUUCCCAAAGUCAGGUAAGCAGCCCCAUAGUUUGCUGGGGACUUUAUUCAUUUUUUCCUCAGAUUUUGUCCUCCAGCAUCCUGCCCUGACAAAACUAGUGAUGUGUAGAUGCUUUACCUUGUUGUUCAAUGAAGUAUUUAUGUGAUUUUGUGUUCCACCACUAGAGGUGCUUUUAGGAUUUGUGAAUGACCGAGAUAGCAUAGCACUGUGUAAACAAGAGAACAGCAAUAAUGGACUGGAAACCGUGUUAAGUAUCUUGGGAAGAAUACCUGUCAUGUAUUAGAUAAUAGAUGUGGUUCUGCUAUGUGAAAAAGGCAUGGAGACUGACAGACUGAAAUGAGCAUCCUACAUGAACACAAGCCAGAAAUUAAAAGGGCUGCAAGUACAGCUGGGCGAUUCUCAAGAUCGUGAUAAGUCAAUAGCUAAACAUUGUGAUACAUUGAUAUUGCACAAGGUCUGAAAUAAGUACCUUUAACAUAUUGCUGCAACUGUUAUGUCACAGUACAGAUAAUUUUAGCCUAGCACAUUUUCUCUUAAGUUAAAGUUGCCGAAAUAGUAGCAUAGAUAUCAAAUAUAAGGUGAGAGAAUGUUCCUUAAUAGACGAGAGAGAGAGAGAGAAGUACACAUCUGUAUGUUUUGCAGUAACGUGGGGGGGGAUUUGGGAGGCCAUGCAUAAGGGUGUCAAGAGGUGGAGAAACAAAUAGUAAGCAGACACACUUCAUUGAUUUCUCUCUCACACCCACCCUAUACACACACCUGUGCAAAACUGCUAUUGCAUCAGGUUUAGCUGGCUUUGAAAAAGGGGCAGCUUUCAAAAAUGGAAUAUUUGGUGUCCCCAAGUGUAUCUUCUUAAUUUUGUGGCAACUCAGCUCUGUUCCAUGAGCAGAAAAACUGCCAGGCUCCUGGCUUAGGGAAAGCAGUGCCAAUGUUCUGGCAGCAUCCCAGAGCCCUCACACCGCCCUCCAAAAGCCACACAAAAUGGAGGCACUCCGUAAUCUUUCAUAAAAUGGCCGCCUGUCCAAGGCUAUUUAGUGCUCCCACGUGGAUCUUUGUAAUUUUGUGCCACUUCGUCUUUUGCAGAUAACUUUUAAAUUUGCAGAAAGUUGUAUAAGUAAUUAAUACUCUACCUCUCAAAGGUAACGUGAAUGUUGCCUAACAGAAAUGAGGUACACAGGUACACAUCUAUGUGUUGCACAGUGUUGGGCAGCAAAGAGGAGGGGGGCAAUUUCGGAGGUGAGGUGGAAAUCACUUUCUGCUCUUGCAAGGGUGUUAGGUCAUGUGGGAGAAUAAAUAAACAAAUGGAGAGAUGAGGAAACUCAGUCUUCAUUUAUUUAUACUUCUCCCCAUACACCUACCUGUGCAGAACUGUGAUUGCGACAGGUGUCUUUGGGAAAAGAGCACUUGUGCUGCCCAACCAAAGACAAAUAAGAUAGGUGGACUUUGCAUAGCUCAGUUGGUUAGAGUGUGGUGCUGAUAAUGCCAAGGUUGCACAAUUGAUCCCCAUAUGAGACAGCUGCAUAUUCCUGCAAUGCAGGGGUUGGACUGGAUGACCCUCAGGGUCCCUUCCAACUCUACAGUUCUAUGAUUCUAUGGUUAAUUUUUCUGCUCCCAAUGCUUAGCGCCCUCAAGGGGAUUUUCUCUAUUAUAGAUCUUACUGCUAUCACCCCUUGGUCCUAGAGUCCUUCCCUCCUUCCCAAAUAUGGGCAAGCACUUCUUAGGUUUCCGGCUUAUGUAAGGCAGUGCCAGGGCUCUAGCAUAACCCAGAGCCCUUGCACCGUGCUCUCCAAAAGCCAGACAAAAUGGAGGCACUCUGUGAUCUUUCAUAACAUGGUGGCCUUGCGAGUCUGCUCUUUAGCGCCCCCAAGGGGAUCUUCUUAAUUUGGCACCUUGUGCAGAGAAGAUGCUGGCACCACUCUCAAUCCUGCACUGAGCAAGAAGGCUGGCUCUGGAAGGAAGGUGUGGGGUUCUUGCAGGGUCCUAGAGCCCUUCUCUCCCUCCCAAAGCUGGGCAAGCACUUACUCGGCAUUACUUAGCAUCAUAAAACUGACAAGAUAUUUACUUACCUUUCACAUAUUGCUGCAGCUGUUAUUUCAUAGCACAGAUAAUUUUAAAAUUUGCACUUUUUCUCUAAAAGUAAGGCUGUAGAAGUAAACAGUAGCAUAGCUAACAGGUAAGGUGAGAUGUUGUUUCCUAAAAGUUUAAUUACAUAAUCAAGGGGGGAAAGUAAAUUUUGUGAAGUGAGGGAGACACAGAAACACACACACACACACACAGAGAGAGAGAGAGAGAGAGAGAGAGAGAAGGGGACCAGUGAGGAAGGAGGCUUAAACAACAGGCCAAGUUUUAUUUUUAUUUUAUUUAACUCAAAAGUUUUAACCCCAGUUCAUUUUUCUCCAGGACUAGCAGUGGCUUCCAAGGAAGCCCCAGCUGAGGGCAGCAGUUAUUCAAAAGGCAGGGCUGGACAGCCACAUGGCAGCUUUUGUGAGGCUAGACAUAAUGGGCUUCCUGCAUCGGAGGCCUCCCUCAACCACCUACCAGCCUGGCCUCUGAGCUUAAAAACAAGAAGCUCAUGGCCUCAAUAUUACUGAGGAAAGUUUCCGGGUAGGCUCCUUUCUUCAGCGCCUGUUCUCGUGGAUCGCUCCCAUCUGCAAGAGGCAGGAGAGAGCUGAGGUGUCAGAGCAACAGGGGCAACAGGAAUCAGAAGAAAAGAAAUGACUUGCUUCAGUUUUCUCCACAUCAUGAUUUUUACACAGCACACAAAGACAUCAUGAAUUGCAAUAUAUUGCCACGUCACCUGUUAGGAAACUGUUAGCAUGAUGUGGACUUUAAACUGUUUUUGGAUGAUGUAGCUAUUUAUCCCCCAGCCCUUUUUUAGAUUUAUUCAGCACAUAUCCCUUUUCUUAAAACAACACUUUCUGGCUGCAAGAAAGUAUUGUAUAUGCUGCUUCAAAACUUUACCCCUUAAAGAUACUAUUUUUUCCUUUUAGUAUUUUACAGUGGUGGAGGAAGCUGCUCGGGCACCUGGGGCAGCGCACCCAUGGGCAGGCCAAUAGGGGUGGGGUGCAUCACGGGGCCUGCGGAGUCUGCCUGCCUCCUCCCACUCAGCUGCCCUACACCGUUUGGGCACUGUGGAGCCUGCGCACACCCAAGCCACCAUGUCUAUCUCAUGAGAGACGUGUGGCUCGGACAUGCUGCAGGCCCCGCAGUGAGUGCCGCCCAGCAUUUUGUCACUCCCUUCAGUGGUGACACCCAGGGCAGACCGCACCCACCGCACCCCCUUCCUCCGCCCCUGCUUACAGCUGUUUUGUGUCAUUUGAGUGGGAAUUUGUGUUUUGCAGCUACUUGCUGUGGGGCCGGUAAUGGGAAUCAGUCUUGCUGAGCAUUUUCUUAUCCAAUCCAAACCUUUGUUAAUAAGUCCACAUAAGUUGUUAGCCAAACCUCCCUGCCCUGUGUUAGGCACAUCAGCACCCUGAAACCAUGAAAAUAACCCAAAUAUCUUCCAUGUGUGAUUGUUUGGCUGCUAUCCUUUAAUCACCCCAGCUAAGUGACUCUUUACGUGCCUGUUCCAUACACCAUUCUGGGACCUGUUGCCAUUUUCUGGGACCUGUUGCUGGGCUAUAGCUCCUGUCUUUCCUGCUCCUUGGCUGGGGCUGGUUGUAGUCUCAGUCCAACAAUGGCUGGAGGGCCAGAGUUUCCCCAUCGCUGCUCUAAGAUUAUGCAAAAGAGGAUGGGAGCUUGACCACAACCUACUGAAUUUGUGAGUGUGAAAAAUCAAAUCUAGGAUUUUUUUCAUGUAGUCCUAAAGCAUUAGGCAUUGUGGCAUACUCUUCCUCCUGUCUCCACAAUGGCUCUUACAAUAGCACUCCUUGUGUGUCUAAUAUGUAGGAAGCUCAGAUUUGUUGCUGCUCUUCCUUACUGUGCUGUUCCCCACCUUUAAUUCUUCUAGGAUGGGCAAAAAAUUUGCAUCUUGGAUGAGCAAAGGUUUGCAUCUCAGCUGCUCCCAAAAUACUUCAAACACAACAACUUGUCCAGCUUCGUUCGUCAGCUCAACUUGUGUAAGUACCAGAUCUGUGUGUGUUUACUGUUUUCUGUCCAUGAUUUUCACUUAGUUCACAUUAUAAACACAAAUGAUCCAAAACUGUUCUCUAAAUAAAAAUCAGUUGAACAAAACUGAAAUUGUGGAAUAAUUAAACAUCCCUUCCCAAAAGUUCCUAGUAGGUGUUAUUCCAGAUUUUUUUUUUAAGCCUAUCAUUCCAACAGUUGAUAUGCCCAAUUAACUAGGAUAUAUUUAGUCAAUGCACAACUCUUAAGAUUCAUGUGAGUUGGCCACAAGUGCUGGAGGAAACAGCAGCAAUUCUCUCAAAUGAUGAUUAUAUUGCUUAAAGCUCAGGUGCAGGGAGCAAGGCCUAGUCUGAGGCACCACCACCAGGGGGAAGAAACAAAGAAAGAGGAAAAAUAAAACAAUGAGUCUCUCAACAGAAGUAGUUUUUUAGGCUUCAAGUAGAAUUAGAUCAGUUACAAGAAUUGAAGGCAACAACUGCUUUCUCGGUUGCAUGUUUUAGAGUGAAGCAUAUUCUGAUGCACAGUAUCCUCUGUGAUGCAUUGCUGUGAAGAGGGUUUCCUGUGAGGGGAAUGUUUUGAAAAGCCCUGCCCUAAAGAUAACCAUAACUUUAAAAUGGGGUGGGGUGGAGAAUAGUCCCAUAUCCCUCAACAAAUGUUCUUGUAUUGAAAUACUGAUUUCUAGCUAAAAUGAAGAGAUGAUCUCGGGAAAGAGUGCAGGCAUUGUUGAGUUGGACACAAUAAGAGUUUCCUGGUCUUGAAACAAAGCAGGGGAAUGGCAGGAGGUGUCACAAUUUGGAACAUGGGUGGCAUAAUUCGUGGAUGAAGCUUGUCUUUAUCCAGCAUCAUUAAUCGCCUCCUCUUUUGAAAUUUAGACUUGUGGCUUAAAAGAAGUGAAGGGGAAUAGCGUUUCACCACUCUGUUGUGAAGUUCACUGAGGGCCUCUCAGACACUCUUGGGACAGUCAGGUGUUCUCAGCCCAAUCUGCUUUGCAGAGCUGCUACAAGGGUAACAUGGAGGCCGGGUAGGACCACCUCUGUGUGCUGUUCUGAGCUCCUUGGAGGAAGCGGGGAAUAGGAGGGCAUGGAUGAACUAACUAAAAGCACUGCAAGUAAUAUCAGUUUCUAGAGAUGUAGCCGUGCUAGUCUCGCAGAAAAACUCUCAAGAGUCCUGUGGCCCUGGUCAGGUGCAUUUGAUGAAGUGGGUUGUGGUCCAUGAAAUCUUGCACCAUAAUAAAUUUGUUGGUCCUGAAGGUGCCACACAACUCUUUGCUUGAUGGUACUAAAACAACAAUCAAAACGAGCAAGCCAAGAUGCUGCAGUUCUUGCUGUUAGAGGGCAUGAUGAGUGGCAGGUGUGCUUCCCUUCGUUGCUUCCCUCUUCCUUUACCUGUUUACCUUCUAUAAUCAUUGGUCAAAAGAAAUGACCAUGGGCAGGUUUGUUUCAAUUACGUGGACCUCCUCUCUCUGAAAAGUAUGUUUUCAGGUGUCUUAUUCUGUGUUGUUAUUUAUUUCAUAAAAUUGAAACACUGCUUGAUUGUAAAAAAGUGAAGACAAAAACUCAACACAGUUUACAAAAAGGAUACAACAAUAAAAUUAUCAAUAAGAAAAAUGAAUAAUUUAAGACAUUCAAAAAGUUAAAACAGCAAUAGACUAAAAACAAAUUAAAACACACAUCAGCUUUUUUUAAAUGUAAGGACAGGCUUGUCUAAACAAAAAUGUUUUUAGCAGGUGCCAAAAAGAUUACAGGGAAAGUGCCUGCCUGAUGUCAAUAGGCAGGGAGUUCCAAAGUAUAGGUGCUACCGCAAGAAAAAGAUCAAGUUCUUGCAGAUGUGGAACAGGUGUUAUAUGGCACCUGUAAAAAGUACCAGUUCUGCAGAUUGAAGCCAUUGAGUAGGCUUAUGUGGGGCAAGGCAAUCUUGCAGGUAAAUUGGUUCCAAGCUGUUAAGGGCUUUGUAUACCAGUAGCAAAACCUUGAACAUGGAUUGGUAUAUUGUUAUAUUCUUACUAUGGAAGUUGAACAGAUCUAGAAUCGUAUCGCCUCUUGGGAGGAGAAACUAAAGAGCAUUCAUCUCCUUUAAUGCCUUCACAGAUGGCUUCAAGAAGGUAAUAUCAAUGAGAAAUGAAACAACGGUCACUUUCAACAACUCUCCCAUGGAGUAUCAACACCCACAGUUUAAUAAAGGGAAACCUGAACUGCUGGCGAGCAUCCAACGGAAGGUAUUCCCCUCCCCCCCGUUCACAACCUGGUGAAGACCUUAGCUCUUAAAUGCAACCACAGUGAUGUUGGUGCCACACACAGGAUUCCUGCUUGUGCAUGUGUGUGUGUGUGUGUGUGAGGGGCAGCAUUGCCAAUAAGCCUCCAUAGCAGAGCUUACAGAUGCCUCAUUGUUGCCACAAUACAUGACUGAUUCCCCAUCACCUUCAGAUUAUUUGGGUAUAUAGGCUUGACCAGCCUUUCUCAACCUGGUACCGUCCAGACAUCUUGGACUCCAGCUCCCAUCAGCCCCAGCCAGUAUGGCCAAUGGUCAAGGAUGAUGGGAGUUGUUAUCCUUCAAGGUGUGAAGGGGCCAGGCUGAGGAAGCCUGAACUUUACUGCGACUGGCUGUUACAGCCAUAUAUAACAGUCAUUUUUGUAUGCUGCCAUCUGAGAUUAUUAAGAAAUUGCAGUAUUUUAUUUGAAAAAUAUAUUGGUUAUAUAGGCUGAAAUAUACAGAUUCCAAGUACGUAAUGUUCAAGGCUUCCAACUGUUUUCACUCAUCUGUGCAAUAGUCUUGCAAGGAUGGCUCUUGUUGUUUGAAUAGUCAGAGGUCAAUAACUUUUGGCUUGCCUUAGCAGCCUAGUUCUCUUGCUGCUCCUGGACCGGCGUGGGGGCAAGUUCUUCACUGUGCCAUCAUUCUGCAUCUCUGAGGGGGCUCCUCUGACCUGUUGGGGCAAUCCUCUCGUCCCCAGGAGUGAACAGGGCUCUCACUGUUCCUCUAAUAUUUUCUGAGGGUCAGUGCAAAGUUGAUGAAACCCUCCACUUUCUUUCCAAGCCUGAUUUCAGAUCAGGCUAGUGGGUGUGUCUCACAGUGACUCAGGACAGGGCCUUCUCUGUAGUGGUGCCUCGAUUGUGGAAUUCCUUCCCCUGGAGGUGCAAAAGGCCACUAUGCUGGUUCAAGAGGAGGGGAGGAUCACCUUGCGUGUGAACCCAAGGUUCAUCUGUGGGGUGGGAAGCUGUGGUUUUCCUUUUGUGUGAGUCAGGCCUGUGCGAGGGAAAUAUCAGUGGCCUCUCAAGUGUUCCCUAAACAUUUUUUCCAAACUGCACAAACCCACUUAAAGGGCUCACUUUUGAAUGAUGCUUGAAUGAACUGGCAGUUUUCUUACUGAGGCACUCAGAGGCCAUUUGUUUCCAAAAUUAUAGAGCUGCAGUUGUGCUGCUGCUGCCAGCUGAGGUGGUAUAUGCACCAGAUUUGGGAUUUCUCCUGUGAUAGAUAGAGUUGAGGCUGGAUGGCUUCCAAAGUCCUCGCUCUGCAAAAGCCAGUCCCUUAACUGCAUUUGUUCCCUGCUUAAACAAUAACUUGUCUCUAAAAACAGUACCUGCAAUCUGAUUCUGUCACAGGUGUAUACACGCAAGGAGCCCGCAGCCAGCUCAGAAAAAGACCAGCAGGCAAUGCUCGCCGAAUUCCGGGCCAUGAGAGAACAGCAGGAUGGCAUAAGCACCAAGCUGGAUACUGUGACUAGGUGUCAACAUUUCUUCUGCUGAGUUUGUACUGUCUUGUAAUGAGAGCCACUCUGCUCAUUUUAGGUUUUGCAACAUCUUCAACUUAUCUGCAUUUGCAAAGCUAUAGGUAGGGUGGGGGCUGCAUAGCAGGAUUUGGCACCACGGUGAAGUGUGAUGCUGAGUGCAAAAAUAAGCAGAAUCUGGGUAAUUUACACACACUUUUCAGUGCCUUUUUCAGCAUUAUGGCUAAGUAGCUUGUAGGUACCAUGAAGCUUCUAUCUGUGCUAUGUUUUGAGCUUCACUUGUGUGCCAUGUUAUCUGUUUGCAGAGCUCAACUUAGGGCAGAGACCGAAAUGUCCUGUUUAAUUUCUGGGUAAUUCAGCAGCAUUAGUACUUUCACACUUGGCUGUUUCUCGCUUGCAUUUAGGCGGUUCUGAAGUGGCCGUUAGAAAGAGCCAUUCUGUACCACUGGCAUCUGUCUGUCUUGAGAGACAAUGGAGUGUGCCUCCAGGGGUGAAGUCAAACUGCUGGAGAACCUAUAGCUCAUUUCUAAUAAGGGCAUGUGAGGAAUCCUGCUGGAUCAGGCCUAAGACCCAUCUUGUUCAGCAUCAUGUUCUCACAGUGGCCAUCCAAAUGCCUCUGAGAGACUCAGAAUUGUGAGCAACUGAUAUUCAGAGGCCUGCUAUUUCCGGUACUGGAAGCACACAGUUAUCAUGAUAACAUUAUUUGUUCAUGACUGAUAUACCAAAUAAACUUAUCCGCCAUUAAUUUGCCUAAUCCCAUUUUAAACCAGUCACAUUUUUUGAUGAUCACUACAUCUUGUGCUUAGCAGAUUUCAUAGUUUACGCACUGCAUGAAUAAAUAAUAGCUUUUUUCUGUCUUGAAGGAAAGUGCCUUAUAUUGAACCAUACACUUUCCCUCAGCUCUGUCUACACUGGCGUAGCCAACAUGGUGCCCCCUAGAUGCCCUAUGCAGUGUAGGCCCAAGCUAUCUGAAAAACCUUAUUCCCUCAUAUAAACCUGCCCCGAACUCUAGAUUUAGAGAGGCUGCUUCUAGGCUUUGAAGCUCUCUCCCCAAAGAAGCUAGACUGGCUCCCAUGUUGUCCUUCCAGUGGUGGGGGAAGAUGGUUUUAUUCUGACAGUCUUUGGGGAGCUUUUUUUUUAAGGAAGUGUUUUUAACAGUGCUGUUGUGUUUUUAUUAUCUAAAAGAUAAUCAUUAAAAGGUAACUAAGAUCUUAUAGAAUUGAAACAAUAUAAAAACAAGUCUAUUAAGAGUUACUUUUUAAUUAUUAUCUUUUCUGUUUUUUUGUAUUUUAUCUGGGUCAUUGUGUCAGUCCCGGUUAGCAAAAGAAUGUGAGAUACAAAUAAAUGAAAUAAUAAUUAAUAAUGGAUAUUUUUUACUACAGUUCCCAGCAGCCCCAGCAAGCAUGGUCUAGUAUUAAGGGAUGAUAGGAGUUGUGAUCCAAACAUCUGGAGGGGGCACCAACUUCUGCUUUAGAAGGGUACAGUACAUAUGUAUGUCUAACCUUUGUGAUUUCAACUUUAUGCUGUUGAAGACCAGCUGGUUGAAAUCAAACAAAUUAAUUGCACAGAAGGUGGAGAGCUUAAAGGUUUUAUUGGAUAGGGUUUUUUUCUGGCAUGGAAAGAGCUUUUAAUCUCCCUGUCUUGCUUACCUGGCUCUCAUGAAGUCUUGGAUGGCCCCAUGAGAUCUCACAGCCCAGUAAGCAGAGAGCUUAAAAGCUCUCUACCUUCCUUUGGUGUGCUGUCUCCAGAAGAUUGCUCAUGCAUGGGCAUUUCAAGUAUAUGUGUUUUUGCAUAUACACACUAUCCCUGGAAUGCAGCCCCUGCAGAAGAUGCAAUUGUACUGUACCUUCCAACUCAAGGACUGGCUGAACAGCAAGGGAGGUGUAUGUGAAAUUCCCCAGAACCAACCCAGCAGGCCUGCCAUGAUGAGGAACAAGAGCUGGUUAACUCAAGGGUCGUCAGGAUUGGCGGUCCAAGUACAUAAUCACUGUUUUUCUGACACAUCAAGCUGAGGUUUUCCACUGAGUGCGGCACUGAAAAGCAGCUGUGUCUACUAUGCUUGUAUGAAGUGGGUACAUUGCCUUCCCACUUCUCAUUUCUGGUUCUAUAUCUAAAAAAGCAGCAUGAAAUGUCCCCUGACGUUGUGCCAUCAUAAGGCAGGUAUGUGACCAUCUUCCCUUCUUCCUUAGUUCUUCUUACCUCCCUCUGUGCCUGUUCUUUCAGGGACACUACCUCCGUGCUUGAGGGCGUGGGCUCUCUGCAACAGAAGGAAGAUCAGCAGCAGGACGUCUUAUCUCAGGUACCAGAAAAAGACUUUGCUUUUCUCCUGAUGUUCCAGAGCAGCCUUUGCCAACUAACUGUCCUCCUGAUGUGUUUUGGACUAUGGCUUCCAUCAGUCCUGGUCAAAUGGAAGUGGCAUCUGGAGGGCAACACCCCUGCUUGCAAAGGCUGCACUAUGGCAUACCAGAAGUAGAUGAGUAAAGUACACAGAGAUAGAUGGUAAUCUUUAUGUCCUGUUAAGGCAGGGUAAUUUAGGAUAGUGGCUAAAGCUGAGCUGUGAAUUUAGAAGUCCCCCCAUUCAGAACUCUCCUAAAUGCUCUAGGAGGAUUAUGCAAACCACUGCCUGCCUUGCCUCACCUCCAUAAUAUGCAGUAUGGGGAUAAUGCUUGUUUGCUUAAAAGUAUUUAUGUACCAUUCCAUAUUUUCAGAAACCUAAACAGUGUACAAGACACGAUCUAAAACCAGUAAAUCAGCAAUAUAAAAACAAAUGAAACAGAUAUUCAGAGGAUUCAAACACACAAAUAUGCUUCCCUGUUCCAUUCAGCUUGCAUAAAAUCAUUAACAAAUGAGGCAGUCUCUGCCUGCAAGCUUGCUAUCUAAAAGACACAACACAAGAAGAAAAGGCAGGUGGACAAGAUGGAGAAAGAGGAAAACUAGCACACUUGGGUCACUAGUCCUAAAUGUUACUGAGUAAUUACUGCAAUGACUAGUCUGAAUGGAGCUGAGUGGAUAUGGUCUUUCUUUGAUGCACCCUGAUGGAACUGCUUCUGCCAAGUGGCAGUUGAAGGGCGGGAAGAGCCCAUGCUGGCUGCUGCAUGGCAAAUGCUUUUUCAAACUCAGGCCUUCUUCUGUAGCUUGCAAGCCUGAACAUGGCAGGUGUGUCUUGAUAGCUAACUCUCAGUUGGAACUGUCCCCUGACCCUGUGGCAAUGGCUAAAAGGAAUACAUGGCUUCUAACAUUCACUCACUCAUUCAUUCAUUCAUUCAUUCAUUCAUUCUCUCUCUACCUCUUUGACUUCAGAUCCUCCAGAUCAUUAUGAAUUGCAUGUCUGAGACAGGCAGGCAGGAUGUCCAAAGGAAAAGGUAAUUCUUACUACUUUCUUCUCCUGUUGCCCAAAAUGAACCUAUAAAAUAAUUCCCCCUAUUUAGUUGGGGAAAGAAGCCAAAGCUUGUAUUUGCAGCAUGCAGCGCUUUGACCUCUGGAAAACGUCUUAGACAAGACCAGCAGAAAGGGGUUUGCCGAGGCACUAAGACCCCAGGUACCCUCAGUGGUGCUUCUUUGAAACAUGGUACUUCCUGUUCAUUUCACUCUAUCACCACACUAUUUUAAAUAUUGCGGCUUCAUCUCUCUGAUUCCUUAUAUCGGGUUUUGUGAAAUAUUUGUUGUGGGCUUGUAUGGAGAUACUUAGUGUUUAGGCUGUUUAGGGAUGCUUUAGAUACUGUGACUUUCUUGCUUACCUGGAAAGGUCACAUGAAGCUGCCUCAUACUGAGUCAGACCAUAGACCAAUAUUUCCUAUACGUUGACUGGCAGCAGCUCUCUGAGUUGUUCCCCACCCACUCAAGCCCUCCUACCUGAGAAUAUUUUAACGGGAGAUGCUACAGAUUGAACCUGGGCCCUCCUUCAAGAAAUGUGUGUGCCUCACCACUAAGAAGCUCUUUCCCCCAUGGUCCAUGUUCACCUGUUACAUCCUUGUCAUUUUCUCUGUACGUCCUCACCUUUUAUAGAUGUUUGGGGAGCCAUAGCUCGCAAGAGCUUGCUAUUUUUACUUGGAGUGUUUGUGCCUGGUUCUUCAGCCCAAAAAGCUUCCAGAGUGGCUUACAUAUAAUCUAAACAGGACAGUCCCCACCCAAAGGCUUAUGAUCUUAAAACAUCAACAGUGACAACCCCGACAACGUAGAAGGGAAAAGGGAAGGUGGGGCAGAGAAGAAAACCAAAACUCAAACAAUUGUUCCUAUAAACAAUUGUUCCUAUAAUGCCCAACUGGCACAGUUGAGGACCAGCAGGUGUCUGGUGGACCUGGGCCUCCAGCAAAGCUGACAGAGUGAGCUUCCUGCUUCCCUUCUCUCUCCCCACUGAGGUAGCCUGAUGGAAGGGCUGCCCACAGUUGAUGGAUGAGGGAAAGGAAGACCGGAGGUGCUGGCCUGUCAAAAAAAAAAAAAAAAAAGCUUGGUAGGAAAUUAUGCAUUUUAAAUAAAUUCACAAGACUGGCUUUCAGAUUUUACUGUAGAAAUCAUACACGACAGAAAGCCUUUGUGAAGAUACUUUAUCAGUCAUCAUAAUAUGAUUGAUAUUAACAAUACAGUGGUAAGUAGUAAAGGGAUCUCCCAUGCUGCAAAAGAGGGUAAAAUCUUGAGCAAGUGGAUAAGAUUUAGGCCAACCUAUCUGUACUUCUGGCUUUGCCUCCUUCAUUUCUUCUGCAGGUAAGGAUUGCCUUAUGUGGAAGACACCUGCACAGAUGAAUUUUUGAAUUAGAUGUUUUGGCCCCUCAUAUCUUUCUAAGCAUGUCAUAAGAAUUUGGUUAUUUAUGUGUGUGUGUGUUUUUCUCUCUCACUCACUCAGACCUUGGAAUGAUGCUUCGGAAGCCCCUCGUCCAAAGAACAGCCGUCCACAGGCUCACAGUGCUAUGAAGGAUCGUGAAACAGUAAGCUUUUUAAAAAAUUAAAAAAUAAUUCUCCUGUUUUACUUUGUGUACAAUAGCCCAGGUAAAAGAUUUAACCAGUAUGACACUAGUCAGACAUUUUAUUUAUUUCAUAAGAUUUAUACACCUGCUUGAUGGUUGUGGGGGUGGGGGUAGGGAGAGAACAUCAAGAGAAAAUUAAAAAUAUUGUCUGUAAAAAAGCACUUAAAACCUUCAAAGAUUAAAAUAAGCUAAAAGCAGAUUAAAACAUAUAUCAACAUUCUAUAUGUCUGGGUAGGCUUGCCUAAACAAAAAUGUUUUUAGCAGGCAGGCUGAAAAGAAUACAGUCAUACCUCGGAAGUUGAACGGAAUCUGUUCUGGAAGUCCGUUCGAAUUCCAAAAUGUUCAGAAACCAAGGCGUGGCUUCCGAUUUGCUGCAGGAAGCUCCUGCAGCCAAUCAGAAACUGCAGAAGCCCCGCUCUGGGCGUUCGGGUUCCAAAGAACGUUCGCAAACUGGAACACUCACUUCUGAGUUUGCGGCGUUCAGGAGCCAAAAUGUUUGAGUCACAAGGUGUUCAGGAUCCAAGGUACAACUGUACAGUGAAGGCACCUGCCUGAUGUUAGUAGGGAGUUCUAGAGUGUAGGUGUUGUCACACUAACACAUCAGUUUCUUACUCUUGUCUCUUGCAGGCAGCUGUUCCAGGACACAGUGCAGACCACAGAAACUUGAUUGUGACCCGUAACAACAUGGAGGGUGAAGCAGGGGGUGCUGCUGGUGCAAAUAAUGGGCAGGCUGUAGUGCGUGAGCCCCAUGGGACUGGGUGAGUGUUAUGUACUGAAGUUCUCACCCUGGGCCAGCAGGGGGAUACUGUAGAUAGUUCAGGUCCACAUAUGCAAAUAAGGGAUCGAAAGUGAAUUUCAGUGAUUGGAUAGUUACAGAAAAUGGUUACUGUUGUGUUCUAGUGGAGCGCUAUAUAAGCAGGCUGGCUGAACCCUUCAGUUCAGUUCUGUUCUGGCCUGUGAAUAAACAAGAGCUAUUUGAAGAAUCACUGUGUCGUCUGAUAUGUUCACCCACAACUUAACAGUGAGGAUGCAGAAUUCAAAACGUGCAUUGUGGCUUAGACAGGUAGGUAGGUUGGCUGGCUGUUUUCAGUAAACAAUUUAGAGGCUGAAGACUGUGCUGCAACCCUUUUUGCUUUGGGUGAUAUAUGCAUAGAGUGUCUCUCUUUGGCUGACUGCUUGGAAACCCCAAAAUGCCAAGAAAUUGAUAUAUGUUUCCCUGCCUCCCAAAGAUUUGAUUGUUGCUUCUUGCAUAAGUAAGUGAAAACAAUCAAUAUUCAGCAAUCCUACCUAGAAGCCGCAAACAUCUAUUUAAUUACAUUUAACUUUACAGUCAUUUUAGCUUUUAAACGAAGGCAUCAUUCCAUAAGUUGCUGUGUGUUCUCGGAGGCCCUAAACCACGUUCUGUCAGUGUUGCAUAUGCAGUGCUUUUUUUCUGGGGGGACGCAUACCCCUAAACAUUUUGUGAAUCUAAGUUUGGCCUCAUUGAGGGGCAGUAUUUCAUUAUGCGUAGGAAAAUGAGAGCACCCCUAAACAUUUUUUUUAAAAGAAAAGCAGCACUGUGCAUAUAUGUAAAGAGAAGUAUGCCAGGUUGAUUGAAAAGUAUUGAUUUUCUUGUCUGUUUCACUCUUUCAAACAUGGGUUGUCAGUUUUUCUGUUAACGUUAAGUACGAAAGUUGUGGAGUGUUUUAUUUUGGCAGAAUACUGUACUUUCUAGUCACUUCUUCUUUAAAAGAAGCUAGUAGAGCUGGCAAAGUGUGCAAGGAAAUGAGUAAGUACAAAACUGACUGGGUUUUGCUUGAACAAAGCUUGGAAAGAUCCUAAGCAGAGUCUUCCCCUGUGUUGGAGAUCCUUGUAACUGGAGAUGCUGAGUACUGAAUCAGGGGACUCUCUGCAUGGAACCCUGUGCUUUGGUGCUAGGUUAAGUACCAACCUCCUAAGAUUACACUUGUUGUUGUUGUAUAGUCGUGUCCGACUCUUUGUGACCCCAUGGACCAGAGCACGCCAGAUACUCGUGUCUUCCACUGCCUCCCGCAGUUUGGUCAAACUCAUGUUAGUAGCUUCGAGAACACUGUCCAACCAUCUCGUCCUCUGUCGUCCCCUUCUCCUUGUGCCCUCCAUCUUUCCGAACAUCAGGGUCUUUUCCAGGGAGUCUUCUCUUCUCAAAGUAUUGGAGUCUCAGCUUCAGGAUCUGUCCUUCCAGUGAGCACUCAGGGCUGAUUUCCUUCAGAAUGGAUAGGUUUGAUCUUCUUGCAGUCCAUGGGACUCUCAGGAGUCUCCUCCAGCACCAUAAUUCAAAAGCAUCAAUUCUUCGGCAAUCAGCCUUCUUUAUGGUCCAGCUCUCACUUCCGUACAUCACUACUGGGAAAACCAUAGCUUUAACUAUACGGACCUUUGUUGGCAAGGUGAUGUCUCUGCUUUUUAAGAUGCUGUCUAGGUUUGUCAUUGCUUUUCUCCCAAGAAGCAGGCGUCUUUUAAUUUCGUGCCUGCUGUCACCAUCUGCAGUGAUCAUGCAGCACAAGAAAGUAAAAUCUCUCACUGCCUCCAUUUCUUCCCCUUCUAUUUGCCAGGAGGUGGUGGGCCCAGUGGCCAUGAUCUUCAUUUUUUUGAUGUUGAGCUUCAGACCAUAUUUUGCACUCUCCUCUUUCACCCUCAAUAAAAGUUUCUUUAAUUCCUCCUCACUUUCUGCCAACAAGGUUGUGCCAUCUGCAUAUCUGAGGUUGUUGAUAUUUCUUCCAGCAAUCUUAAUUCCGGCUAGGGAUUCAUCCAGCCCAGCCUUUCGCAUGAUGAAUUCUGCAUAUAAGUUAAAUAAGCAGGGAGAUAAUAUACAGCCUUGUCGUACUCCUUUACCAAUUUUGAACCAAUCAGUUGUUCCAUAUCCAGUUCUAACUGUAGCUUCUUGUCCCACAUAGAGAUUUCUCAGCAGACGGAUGAGGUGAUCAGGCACUCCCAUUUCUUUAAGAACUUGCCAUAGUUUGCUGUGGUCGACACAGUCAAAGGCUUUUGCAUAGUCAAUGAAGCAGAAGUAGAUGUCUUUCUGGAACUCUCUAGCUUUUUCCAUAAUCCAGCGCAUGUUUGCAAUUUGGUCUCUGGUUCCUAUGCCUCUUCUAAAUCCAGCUUGCACUUCUGUGAGUUCUCGGUCCACAUACUGCUUGAGCCUACCUUGUAGAAUUUUAAGCAUAACCUUGCUAGCGCGUGAAAUGAGUGCAAUUGUGCGGUAGUUGGAGCAUUCUUUGGCACUUCCCUUCUUUGGGAUUGGGACGUAGACUGAUCUUCUCCAAUCCUCUGGCCACUGCUGAGUUUUCCAAACUUGCUGGCAUAUUGAGUGUAGCACCUUAACAGCAUCAUCUUUUAAAAUUUUAAAUAGUUCAGCUGGAAUACCAUCACUUCCACUGGCCUUGUUAUUUGCAGUGCUUUCUAAGGCCCAUUUGACUUGUAUAAACUAGUACAGAGUUCAUGAAUGGAGAAACCAGUUACUGAACUGAAGUUACUGAAAAUACAGACAUGUGGGAGAUAUUCAGUGUGAAUGAACAAGUGGCUUUCGUAUAUGCCAUGAUAUCUAGGCACAGGUCCAUGAUUUGUAGGUGUGUUUGCUGCUGAACAAGAAGAAACAUCAAUUGGGUUUUCUGUGGAUUGGUGUUUGUUCCACUUCAGUGAUAAGCAACAGGUUUUCUCAGGGAAAGCACUGAGGCAAGCAGAAAACCGCUCAGACCAGUCCUACAAAUAAGGGGCCUGUGCUUGGAAAUCAUGGCACAAAUGGAAGUGUGAGUAAGCUAAAAGUCUUGCAUGAUCAAGUCCCCUCUUCUCUCCCAUCAGGUUUCAAUACCACUGUUCCACCUGUGUGUUAAAUUUACAAAGCAGAAGUCAAAUGCCUCUUCAAGAUCUUUUUGCAGUUAAGGCAUAAUUCAACCAGGGUUAAGUGAUGCUGUGUAUGUGUGCUUGCUUAAGAGCAGCCUGCCUUAAUGUGGUGCCCUGCAGAGCAGCCAGCACAGGUUGGGAGAGACUGCCUGAAAACAUGAAGAAGUGCCUUUCUGAGAUCACAUUUAAGCUGAGUCCUCUUGGCAAAAAUCCCAGCUUUGUUGCUGACCAUAGCUAAGUUCAUAUGGAUCUACAUAUUUCAAAGCAGGUUCUCAACCACUGAGCUGUGGCUCUACCCAUCAAAGCUAACCUUUGCACCUAUUUUUAUUGUUAAGGCUGUUUGGGAAAGGGCCAUAGCCUACUGGUAGAUCAUUGGCUUUGCAUGCAGAAGGUCCCCAAGUUCAAUCCCCAAUGGUGGCUCCAAGUAAGGCUGAGAGAGAUUUCCUGUCUGAAACUCUGGAGAGCCACUUCCAGUCAGUGUACACAACACUGAGCUGCAUGGACCAAUUUGAUUUAAGGCAAGCUACCCGUGUUCUUUUGUUUUCUAUUGGAAGGUGGGACAUAAGCACUUUAUUUAAAACAACAACAACCCUGCUACUCCACAUUCCUGCCACUGAAUCAUAGAAUUGCAGAGUUGGAAAGGACCCCCAAGGCUCAUCCAGUCUAACCCCCUGAAAUGCAGGAAUCACAGCUAAAGCACCCCUGACAGAUGACCAUCCAACCUCUGUUCCAAAACCUCCAAGGAAGGAGAGCCCACCACAUUCUAAGGGAAUUCAUUCCACCAUGAAACAGCUCUUUGAUCAGGCUGCUUCUUUCCUUUGGCUUCUCCCAUGAAUGUGGCAACGCUUGCCUUUUUUCUUCUACCUAUUGUUUAAUUUUAGACUUUCUGCUUUUCUUCAUAGAGAGGAGGGUCAAGACUUCUUGAAUUUAUUGAUAUCAAACACUGUGAAGAUUGAUACGGAGCUGAGUGAGGAGGAGCAAAACAAUAUCUCAGAAAUACUUUCUCAGGUAAGUUCAUCUUCAUGUGGGCAAGUUCCUAGAUUUGUAAUAGCGGCACUCAUUCAUGCAACAAAGGACGAAAACAGCAUUUGUGGAUUUAAAAAAGUGGUUUGCCAUUGUACUGCCAUCUCGGUUGUGAGUCUUGGGGGAGGGCAAGGUCCUGACUAACUGCAGAUUUGAAAGCUGAGGCCGCUGAAUAGAUCUUUGGGUUGGAGUACUUGGCUGGUUUCAGUUUUGUUAUAAUACACCCAUUGUCUAAAACGUUUUAAAUAGUUUUAAACUGUUUUUGUCUUGCAUGUUUCUUGUUUUUUGUGGAAUAUACCUGGGGAGAGAGGAUCUAGGAACAGCAGCCCCAUCACAGUGGUUCAGGGUAGGGGGAGGAAUGAUGUAGGAGCUGGGGUGGGCAGGGUAAAAGGCACACGGCACAGGCAGUUGGUGACUCUGCCAUGUGCCAGUUCCUCUUUGAACUCGAGGACUUAUCUUAUCAGCCAGCCGUCAGGUCUGUGGCUGCUGGUGCUGAAUGCGAAGUUGGCUCGGAGUGAGACCAUCCUCAUCCAUUGUUCCACUGUGGAUGUGGAGGCUCGUCUACAUGAUAUAAUUGAGACCUGGGUGGGUGAGCAGGGUGGAGUUGGUCUCACCCAGUUGUGCUUACCUGGAUACUUGGUGCAGCAUCAGGGCAGACUUGAGGGUCAGGGAAGGGGGUGUUGCUGUGAUCUAUAGAAAUUCUCUCUCUCUCCAGUGUCUCUGUCCAGUGUGGGGCAGGGAUCAAGAAUGUGUGCUCCCUGGCAUUGGGCAAUCACAACAGAUUAGGGAUUCUGCUGGUUUACUGCCCACCUCGCUGCCAAGCAAUCUCCCUGCCCGAGCUGACAGAGCUGGUCUCAGUGUUGAGGACCCCCAGACUGGUGAUUCUGGUGAACUUCAACAUCCAUGCUGAGGUGACUGGCUCUGGAGUGGCUCAGGACCUCAUGGCUGCCACGAUGAUCAUGGGGCUGUCCCAACAAGUCACCAGCCCAACACUUGUGGCAGGCCACAUUCUGGGCCUUGUAUUCUCAACUGGGCAGGAAGAGGGUGAUUUGAAGGUGGGGGACAUUGACAUCAGUCCCUUGUCGUGGUCAGAUCCUGUUGAGGUUUAGGCUGUCAGCAUCUUUCCCCCUCCUCCGAGGCGAGGGUCCUGCAUGAAUGGUCCGCCCUCAAAGGCUAGUGGACCCAAUGAGUUUCCAGAAGGCUCUGGGAGAUUUUCUGGCUGAUAUGACUGACUCUCCUGUUGAAGCCCUGGCCCACCUCUGGAACAUCCAAAUGACAAUUGACACAAUUGCCCCUGGGCACCCUUUUCCACUUCAUGGAGCCCACUUGGCUCCAUGGUAUACUCCAAAGCUUAGGACGAGGAAACAAGUGAGGCAGCCUGAACACAAGUGGAGGGAAGAUCUGGUUGAAUGCAGUUGAACACGGGUGAGGGCUCAUCAUCAAGCCUACCUAGCAGCAAUGAAGGCAGCAAAGAGGGCAUAUUUUGCUGCCUCCAUUGCAUCCUCACUAUGUCGUCUGGCAGGGCUUUUCCUGGUAGCAUGGCGCCUCAUUACAAUCUGAACCAAAGGAGAUGGUGUAACUAACGGUAGCUCGCUAUGACUUGUUUGCAAAUCAUUUUGUGGAUAAAAUCGCUUGCAUCCACUGUGAUCUUGACUCCGCUGUUAUAGCAGAUCAAUUCAUGGGGUGUCUAGACCUGUUGGAUGAGUUUCAGUUAGUAAGGCUCAAGGAUGUGGACAAGGGGCUUGGAUCAGUCAGCGUGAUAACUUGCACUCUGUACCCUUGCCCCUCUUUGCUGUUAAAAACUAGCAGGGUGGGGACAGCAGUCUGGGCCAGGGUUGUGGUUAAUGGCUCCCUGUGAGAGGGGCUAGCGGUGACAAAGCCACACCUCAAGAAACCCUCCCUGGAUUUGGAAAAUCUAAGUACCGUAUUUUUCGCUCUAUAGGACACACUUUUUCCCCUCCAAAAAUUAAGGGGAAAUGUGUGUGCGUCCUAUGGAGCGGAUGCAGGCUCCUUGGCUUCAGCGAUAGCAACGCAAAGCCUCCGAAGUGCAGAGGGAGCGCUCCCUCCGUGCUCCGGAGGCUUCCCGUUGCUUUCGCUGAAGCCUGGAGAGUGAGAGGGGUCGAUGCGCACCAACCCUUCUCACUCUUCAGGCUUCAGGGAUAGCCGCCUGAAGCCUUCGGAGCGCAGCGCGAGUUCCCGCUGCACUCCACAGGCUUCAGGUUCCUUUCGCUAAAGCCAGGAGAGUUUUGCUCUCCCAGCUUUAGCAAAAGGAACCCGAAGCCUCCAGAGCGCAGUGGGGACUCGCGCUGCGCUCCGAAGGCUUCAGGGAUAGCCAGAGGCUUCGGGUUCCUUUUGCUGAAGCCGGGAGAGCAAGACUCUCCCGGCUUCAGCAGAGAGGGAGAGCUGCGCGGCGCUCCUUCAGCCCAGUGGGAGGAGAAAUGGAAGGGGCUCCAUUUCUCCUGCCACUUCGCUGAAGGGGCGCUGAGCAGAGAGAGGGAGAAAAAAAUUUUUAUGUUCUCCCCCUCUAAAACAAGGUGCGUCCUAUGGUCGGGUGCGUCCUAUAGAGCAAAAAAUACGGUAACUACCAGCCAGUUGCUUAUCUCCUCUUCUUGGGGAGAACAGGAUGCUGGACUGGACUGGCUUAAUCCAGCAGGCUCUUCUGAUGUUCUUAUGUUCUCUGUGAGAAUCAGGAGAAAGAUAGUAUUUGUCAUCUUUAGUUCUCCUAUUUAAAGUCUCUUGCCUGAUUGGUUGUCAGGGGGAACCUUACUUGGGUUGAUCAAAAGUCUAUUUUCUUGGUUUGUGCUUUCAGAACUUUGUCCCUAAGAUUCAGGAUCAGAAUGUGGACUCUGCAGGAACUCUAGACUAUAGUUUGGAAAACAUAAGCGGCAGAGGCUUUUUCACUGACUGGCAGAGAGAUGUGGGGCAGUGCUCUGAGGUGAGAGUCUGAGUUCACAGUCACUUUUUUUGUCUCUUUUGGGGCAGCGAAAUUACCUGGACUCAGUGGCCCUAUCCCAACAGGUUUGCCAGAUAGAUAGAUAGCAGUAGGAAUAGUAUUUGUGAGGGGAAAGCUCUUGGGCAGGGGUCAGCAAAUUUUUUCAGAAGGGGGCUGGUCCACUGUCCCUCAGACCUUGUGGGGGUCCGGACUAUAUUUGGGAGGGGGGAAUGAACACAUUCCUAUGCCCCACAAAUAACUGAAAGAUGCAUUUUAAAUAAAAACACACAUUCUACUUAUGUAAAAACACCAGGCAGACCCCACAAAUAACCGAGAGAUGCAUUUUAAAUAAAAGGACACAUUCUACUCAUGUAAAAACACCAGGCAGGCCCAUAGCUGUCAACCGUCCCUUAUUUGGCAGGAAACUCCCUUAUCCUAGCACUGUGUCCCGCUGCUGUCCCUUAUUGAUGAUGUCCCUUAAAUUUCCCGGGUUUCAUGCUUGCCCAGCUCGGGAGGCAAGCAGCGGCUUGGGGUCCUCCACCACGAGAGAGAGAGCGCGCACGAGCUGCCGCGUCUCCAUCUCGGUGCAUAGUGAGGAGACGGGUGGCAGCGGGCGGGCGGGCAGCCCCUCUCUUGCAAGACUUCCACUGUGCUGCCAGGGGAAGCCUGAGGGAGGAGGAAGAGGAGGGGAUGGGGAGGGAUGCAGAAGGGCGCCACUUCAGCAGCUGUGGCAGCGCCGCAACCGCCUCAUGCCAGGCUGGCGGGUGGCGUGGGCGAGAGUCUCUCCCUCCCUCCCUCCCUCUCUUGGGUGGGGAAGGGCCGAUGGAACGCCUCGCACCAGGACGACAGCAGCCCCGACGUGCUGCUUAGCAUACCCUCCAACCAGUGCAGCAUCUUACUGUAGUGAUUUCCCUCUCUGCAUCCCUUUCAUCCCUUUUAUAAAUCAUUUGUCCAUCCAUAGUUCAAAUUUUUACUACAAGUUCUCUGCCAAUCCUACCAAUGUAUGUAACUCUUUACAAUAGCUUUUCAACUAAAUUAUAAACUUUCCCCAUUCUUUAUUAAAGGGGUCCUCUUCCUGGUUUCUAAUUCUGCCUGUAACCUUUGCCAUCUCAACAUCGUUCAUCAGUUUUGUCUGCCACUCUUCUUUGGUCAGAGUUGUAGACCCUUAGGAUCAUCUAGUCCAACCCCCUGCAAAACACAGUCAGUCGCAGCAAAAGCAGCAUGGCUCCAUCAGUGCCAGACUUCUGUAUAAGCUAAGCAAAAUCCCUUAUUUUGGCUGCUGGUCCCUUAUUUUCAAAUCUGUAAGUUGACAGCUAUGGGCAGGCCCCACAAAUAACCCAGAGAUGCAUUUUAAAUAAAAGGACACAUUCUACUCAUGUAAAAACAUGCUGAUUCCCAGACCGUCCACAGGGGCCGGAUUGAGAAGGUGAUUGGGCCAGAUCCGGCCCCCGGACCUUAGUUUGCCUACCCAUGCACUUGGGCAUGUGGCAAAUGCAGUAUUUUUCUGGAGUUUCUAUAGGACCUGCCUGCUCUACGCAGCUCUGCCUUAAUUCUCACAGUUUCCAAAGAAGGAAUUCAAACAGGGAUGGAAGGCCACAUUUUCUGUUUUAAAAAAGAUAUUCCAUAUCUGCGAAAAGAAAGGAGCAAAACAGGCAUGUAGCUAAGUACCUGAAAAACAGAGAUAGUCUGACCUGCCCAUCUCUAAAACCCAGAUAACUGUCAUUUGAACAGAAUGGUUGGGAUUCUUCCCCACCCCCUCCCCAAAAGCAGUUUUCUGAAGAAGUCACAGGAGUUGAGCUGCUUCAAAGUGCUUUAAAACCUUGAUUUCAUCCGGACAGAAAACCUCCAUUUCUGAAAGAAUUGCAAUCAGCGUGCGUGUGAGGAGAAGGCCCUCCUAUACCUGAAUGCUUGUCAAGGAUUAUGAAAAGUCCAAAAAGCUACUCCCCAGCCCCCAACUUUCAAUAGAUUCUCCCCCACCAACCUGCCCACCACCUCUGCCCAAGAAAAUGUCACUCUCCUGUAAUGGAGGAAGGGGAUCCUGUGUGGUGGCUUUUCCCCCACCUUAGAGAGGGAACUACUCCAGGGAUUAGCCGUAGGUGCAGAAAACCUAUCAUGGUAGCUACAAACUUCUGAUUUUCUCUUUAGCCUUUAAGUGGCACCAAAUAGCUGUCUUCAGAUUGCUGAGUGGCUUAAGGAUGCUUACCAAGCUAGACUGAUUAUGAGGGGGCGGGGGCGGGCGGGUGAUGUGGUGAUUCUUUUGACUGGCCUUGAGUUGCUUUAGCAAUUGCCUUUCUCGUGAGCAUAUCUGAUAGGCUGGGAGAUUAGAUGAACCUUCUGGUGAAUUUUGUUGCCAUUGGCAGCAGCUCAAGUGCAGUAUUCCUGGCCGAGGCCCCUUCACCUACUCAUAUGCGUUACCAGUUUGUGGUAUCAGCUCUGUGCAAAUUUUGAGACAAGCUCAUCUGCUGUUUGAGCUCCCUGGCUUCGCUUAGAAGCAAAUAGGACAGCAUUUUUUUAGGGGUCUCCUAAUGAGUCCAAACCUUUAAAAAAAAAAAAAAGUUUAGAUUAAAAAGUUUAGAUUCAAUAAAGAAAGAAAGAAAAUUCAUAAAGAUAAAAAGCAAAGCCGAAACUUACACACAUUUAACUUGUACACAUUCAGCUGGUCCCUUCCAACUCUACAGUUCUUUGGUUCUGUGAUUUAAAUGCACGGCAAUAAAAAAUGAAAAUUAAAAGCCAGAGGUUCCAGGAUAAAUAGCAUCCAACCACCACUGGGUUUUUACUGUACACGAUUUUGGCUUUAGGCGUGAUCCGCAGAAUGUAACCCCUGCGUAAGUUUCAGAGAGGCUUCACUCAAAAUAUUACAGCAGAUUGAACAUUGUCAUUAAACAUAUUAAUCCAAAACAUUAACACCCCCCCCCAAUAUUUCCAGAAACCUGUUAGGCUGAUUCUAACAGUAUUCUUUUAUAACAAGUUAACUCAAUACAGUGGUGCCUCGCAAGACGAAAUUAAUUCAUUCUGCGAGUUUUUUCGUCUAGCGAAUUUUUCGUCUUGCGAAGCACGGUUUCCCAUAGGAAUGCAUUGAAAUUCAAUUAAUGCGUUCCUAUGGUCAAAAAAAGUCCAAUCAAAGCCAAAUUUGGUACAACAAUAGUUUAUUAACUGCUCUUUAAAGUCACACAUACUUUAAAGAGCAUAUCAAAAUUGAAGGAACAAUAAAUUAAGUUUCUAAACAUGACAGAAAAACAUUUAAAAAUCAACAAAGUGUACUGUACAUACAUUUUCUAAGACUCUGGGGGACCACUCGAAGAAGGUUCCUCUUCCACUCUUUGCUUCUUGCUGAGGAACCUGUCCAUGGUCUGCUGCUUCAUCCGCCUUUUCAGCAGCUCCCUGAGAGGCAACAUGACCGUCGUAUCAAAAGUGUUCGCUUGGUCAUGUGCCACGUGCUUGUUAGGGUGGUGCCGCUCUGCAAAAGCCUGCACCUCCUUCCACUUCUGGCAAAUGUCCCUCAGUUCUUUGGAGGACGGCCAUUCCUCAGUUGCUUCCUCCUCUUCCAGCGAGGCCUGCUCCUGCGCAACCUCUGCCUGCAGUUCAACCAGCUCCUGGGUGGUCAGCUCGUGGUCGUGCUCCUCCACCAGCUCGCAGACGUCCUCCUCUGUGACCUCCAGGCCCAUGGUCCUCCCCAAGGCAACAAUGUCCUGCACCACUGUUGACUCUGGUGCAUCAGAGUCACUUGGUGCCACACAGUCCGGCCACAGGCUGCGCCAAGCGCAAUUCAAAUUUCUCUGGCUGAUCCCGUUCCAGGCCGUGGUGAUCAUCUUCAAGCAGGUGAUGAUGUCAAAGAGGUCCUUCCAGAAUUCCCGCAGGGUGAUGGUGGUGCAAUCAGUCACCUCGAAGCAUCGCCUGAAAAGCUCCUUGGUGUAGAGUUUUUUGAAAUUGGCGAUGACCUGCUGAUCCAUCGGCUGGAGCAGUGGCGUGGUGUUAGGCGGCAGGACCAUGAUGUUGAUGAAGCUGAACUCCUCCAACAAGUCCACCUCAAGGCCUUUAGGAUGAGCAGGAGCAUUGUCCAUCAGAAGCAAAGCCUUCAGAGGCAGGUCGUUGUCCAGCAGGUACUGUUUGACAGCAGGGCCAAAAGCAAGAUUGACCCAGUCCACAAACAGCACACAUGUGACCCAAGCCUUGCUGUUGGAUCGCCACAUGACACUCAGCCGCUCCUUGUCGACCUUGUGUUUCUUGAAGGGUUCCCGUGGGUUCUCCGAGUGGUACACCAGCAGGGGCUUGAUCUUCAGGUCGCCGCUUGCGUUGGCACAGAAGAGCAGGGUCAGACGGUCCUUCAUGGGCUUGUGGCCAGGCAACUUGGCCUCCUCCUGUGUGAGGAAAGUCCUUUUGGGCAUCCUCUUCCAAAACAGCCCGGUCUCGUCGCAGUUGAAGACCUGCUGUGGAACGUAGCCCUCUGUCUUCACAGCCUCCAGGAACUCCAAGGCAAAGUCUUCAGCCGCAGGAACAUCAGAACUGGCAGCCUCUCCAUGCCUGACCACGCUGUGGAUUUCAGAUCUUGCCUUGAACCAGUCAAACCAGCCUCUGCUUGCCUUGAAGACUUCUGGCUCGCCUGAGGUUCCUGGCUGUUCCCGGAUGAGGUCUGCGUGCAAGGCCUUGGGCUUCUCACAAAUGACGGCCUCAGUCACUGUGUCCCCUGCACGCUGCUUCUCUUCUAACCAGAUGAGCAGCAACUUCUCAACCUCCUCCAGAACAGCUGGGCGGUUCUUCACGAUCCUGGUGACUCCCUUGGCUGCAUCAGUCGCAAGGAUCUUCUCCCUCAUCUUCAGGAUGGUCCCGAUGGUCAAUGGGUUCCUGCCGUACUCCCUGGCGAGGUCCGUCACACGCAUUCCACCGUCGUGCUUCCAGAUGAUCUCCUUCUUCAUUUCCAGCGUCACCUUCUCCUUCUUCCUCUCGCCAGCCUCCGCAGCAGCAGCAGUCUUCUUGGGUCCCAUGGCAGCACAGCUCUUACCUUCGUAAACUCAGAAAAAGAAAAAAAAAAAUCAGCAAUUCAAACCCAGAACCAAGUCCUUGAAUUCCAAACACCCAACUCAAAAUCCAAAACCCCCCAAAAAAGUUUUAAAAGUUUAACUUACGAAAUGGCUGCAAAUCACCAAAGUCUUCAAAAUCCUCAAAUGGCUGCAAAAGAAGUUUUGGGAAAGCUUUAAAAAUCACCAAAGUCUUCAAAAACCUCGACUGUUCCCCCAGCCCCUCCCCAACUGUUGCAAACCCCUCCCCAACUGUUGCAAACCCCUCCUCAACUGUUCCCCCAUCCACCCAGCACACAGAAAUUCAAACCCAGAAUUUUUUUCAAAAAAAACCAACAUGGCCCAAUGGUCACAGAAAACCAUAAAAAUUAAAAAAAAAACCACACAAGCUUCCAGAUUCUUGCAAACCCUCCCCAGCUGUUCCCCCAGCCACCCAGCACACAGAAAUUCAGAACCCAGAAAAUUUUUUCAAAAAAAACAACAACAUGGCCCAAUGGUCACAGAAAACCAUAAAAAUUCAAAAACAAAAAACAAAACACAAGGUCCCAGAUUCUUGCAAACCCCUCCCCAGCUGUUCCCCCAGCCACCCAGCACACAGAAAUUCAAAACCCAUAAAUUUUUUUCAAAAAAACAACAACAUGGCCCAAUGGUCACAGAAAAUCAUAAAAAUGCAGAAAAAACCACACAAGCUCCCAGAUUCUUGCAAACCCCUCCUCAACUGUUCCCCCAUCCACCCAGCACACAGAAAUUCAAACCCAGAUUUUUUUUCCAAAAAAAAAUAAACAUGGUCCAAUGGUCACAGAAAAUCAUAAAAAUGCAGAAAAAAACCACACAAGCUCCCAGAUUCUUGCAAACCUCUCCCCAACACCAAGUCCUUGAAUUCUAAACACCCCAAAAAGUUUUAAAAGUUUAACUUACCAAACAGCUGCAAAAGAAGUUUUGGAAAAGCUUCAAAAAUUCAGCAAACUCUUUAAAAAGCUCAGAAAGGCCACCACACCGCGUGCAAUGUGUUGCUCCUCGAAGUCAAGUCGCAACUGCACCUCUUCCAGCAAUGCACCCUGGGUAUUAACGGUUUUACGAAAAAGGAAACAAACUUGCAAGACGUUUUCGUCUUGCAAAGCAAGCCCAUAGGGAAAUUCGUCUUGCGAAGCAACUCGAAAACGAAAAAACCUUUCGUCUUGCGAGUUUUUCGUCUUGCGAGGCGUUCGUCUUGCGGGGCACCACUGUAAUUGCUAAUAUAUUCCAGAUUUUUUCAAUCCAUCCACAUAUUGUAGGAGAUGUACUGCCCGCCCCCCUAUUAUUAUUAUUAUUAUUAUUAUUAGUUUUCAUAAUCUUAGUAGAAGUUAUAAGACAUAAUACUGAUUAUUGAUCAUUUUCCAGGAUAGCAUGCUUUAGAUAGGUCAAACAGAACUAUUUUAGAUUCCAAGGGUAUAAGGAUAUCCUAACAUGUCAGAAAUAUUAUCCCAAACAGAUUUUUUAAAUAUCCAGACCACCACGUUGGUUCUUCAUUUGAAGCGUCUGUACCUCUUUCUACAAAUCAGAUUGGGUGGGGAUGUUAAAUUCUUUCAUCCUGCACAUGGGAUGGACAUUCUGUCACGGACCAUUACAGAACAGGGAGGCUGGGUCUACUCCUAGGUCAGGGAAAAGGAGCUCAGUGGAUGAAGAAUGAUCCCUGAUAACUUCAAGGCAUUUCCCCCCACCACAGUUCACCCUAAAGUACAUCCACUUUAUGUCCUGUUUUCCUGAACUCUGUCUAACUUCCCUUCAAUAUUAGUUAGGGGUCCAGUACAGUGGUACCUCGGGUUACAGACACUUCAGGUUACAUACGCUUCAGGUUACAGACUCCGCUAACCCAGAAAUAGUACCUUGGGUUAAGAACUUUGCUUCAGGAUGAGAACAGAAAUCGUGCUCCAGCGGCAUGGCAGCAGCAGGAAGCCCCAUUAGCUAAAGUGGUGCUUCAGGUUAGAACAAUUUCAGGUUAAGAACAGACCUCUGGAACGAAUUAAGUACUUAACCCAAGGUAUCACUGUACUUUAAAGCCUCCUGUGUUAUACUGCCUUUGACUCCUUGAGAAGUUUUCCUCCUUUCUCUCUCCCCCUGCCUAGCCUCCCCCCCCCUCCAUUUCUGGGCCUGUCAGAGGUAAAGCUCUUCUGUGUGUUUAGAUAGACAGUGGGGAAUAUCUCUUCCCCAAUAUUUUCUGCCUUCUUAGAAGAAAACGUGUUCACUUUUUAUUUCUUAAUAAGCUCCUUUUCGAAGACAUUUUGGGUUUUGCUAUUUGUAGUACAGUGGUACCUUGGGUUACAUACGCUUCAGGUUACAGUCUCUGCUAACCCAGAAAUGUUACCUUGGGUUAAGAACUUUGCUUCAGGAUGAGAACAGAAAUUGUGCUCCGGCGGCGCGGCAGCAGCGGGAGGCCCCAUUAGCUAAAGUGGUGCUUCAGGUUAAGAACAGUUUCAGGUUAAGAACGGACCUCCGGAACGAAUUAAGCUCUUAACCCAAGGUACCACUGUAAUGCCGCAGUGGCGUCUACCAGCAACAUCAACCCUGUAAGUGUUGCUCACAAGUGUGGUGUGUAGUCUGACCUCCUGAAAGAAUCCCCUGUCUAGGUUUCCAAAGGGAGAAUGGCUGGUUGACGAUGGGGAGCCUCUCUUGCAAAAUGCAGUGCAGCAGGGACACUUUGGUUGGUCUUGUUUUGGGAACGUGGGCACUUCUGGGUGGCAGGAGGAUUGCAAGCCUAGACUCCUGGCUUUCAUGCAAAUAUAAGAUAAAAUGGUUUCUGGGUGAGAGAUUGAAUUGGAGCAAUGUAUAUGAUUAUUAGCUCCCGUUGCUCCUGCACCUGCUCCUGCCAACCUAGCAGUUCGAAAGCACGCCAGUGCAAGUAGAUAAAUAGGUACUGCUCUGGCAGGAAGGUAAACGGUGUUUCUGUGUGCUGCUCUGGUUCGCCAGAAGCGGCAUAGUCAUGCUGGCCACAUGACCCGGAAGCUGUACGCCAGCUCCCUCAGCCAAUAAAGCGAGAUGAGCACCGCAACCCCAGAGUCGGCCUCGACUGGACUUAAUGGUCAGGGGUCCCUUUACCUUUACCUUAUUUGAUUAUUUCCUCUAUAUCCCACUUUUCCCUGCAAGGCUCUCUCAUUUUAUCCCCACAACAACCUAGGCUGGCAUGCAGUGACUGGUCACACCCAAUGAAUUUUAUGGCUGAACGGGGAUUUGAACCCGGUCACCCAAGGGCCUGGUCCAGCCCUUGAACCACUACAUCACACUGCCUCUCAGUGAAUGAGUCAUAUCAAGAAUUACACUGGAGGUGCAAAAAGAAGAACAGGACACAUUACUAUAUGCAGUGAACCUAUAAUUCUGCACAAAAAUACUGGAAUAUGAUUAUUAGAAUAAUAACAAAAAAAAUUGAAAUCUAAAGUUCCCUUAGAUCCAGUCUGAUUGCUGCUUGGCAGCCAAGGCUGGCUCUCAGUGCUUUUUUUAAUUAUUUAUUUAAAAUGUGUAUAUACUGCAGCUAAGCAGAGCAGAAUUAGCAGGGUAACAGGACCCCCCCUAAAAAAAGUUACUUUAGAUGCCUUAAUGUUUUAGCUGACACACAUAGAACAUAUCAAAUACGUACUGGGAUUUACUGGUACACAUCUGGGGGCAGCCACAGCAGUGCCCCAGGUGAAGUUCUAGAGCCUAAGCAGAGUGUCAGUCGCAAAACAUGAGGAAAUGACAUGCAUGAAUUUGGCCUCUAGGACUAAACAGAUGAAAUACUGUAUUUUUCACUCUAUAGGACGCACCCAACCAUAGGACGCACCUUGUUUUAGAGGGGGAGAACAAGAAAAAAAUAAUCUACCCCUCUUUGCACAGCGCCCCUUCAGCGAAGCGGCAGGAGAAACGGAGCCCCUUCCAUUUCUCCUCCUGCUUUGCUGAAGGGGCGCUGCGCAGCUCUCCCUCUCUGCUGAAGCCAGGAGAACCCUCUCUGCUCUCCCGGCUUCAGCAAAAGGAACCCGAAGCCUUCGGAGCACAGCACGAGUUCCCGCUGCGCUCCAAAGGCUUCAGGCGGCUAUCCCUGAAGCCUGGAGAGUGAGAGGGGUCGGUGCUCACCGACCCCUCUUGCUUUCCAGGCUUCAGCGAAAGCAACGCGUAGCCUCCGGAGCGCGGAGGGAGCGCUCCCUCUGCGCUUCGGAGGCUUUGCGUUGCUAUCACUGAAGCCAAGGAGCCUGCAUUCCCUCCAUAGGAAGCACACACAUUUCCCCUUAAUUUUUGGAGGGGGGAAAGUGUGUCCUAUAGAGGGAAAAAUACGGCAUGUUAGAGUAAAGAAGUGUAGACCUUUUUCGGUAGAUUAGUAAACAACAUUCAGAGAUUUAUUGAUUCCUGAUCAAAUGAACUAUGCACAAGCUGUGUGUUUUAAUAUAAAUACUUUGCAAACCAGACAAAGCUAAGCAACUGUCACCUCACAUUCAGAUUGGUUUUUAAGCAUCUGCCCUGGCUGCUCAUCUACUACUGAGCCAGAUUUAUGGUUCUUGAGUUAAUUUACAAGGCCCUGAGCUGCUUAGGUACUGGGUACAGUGGUGCCUCGCAAGACGAAAUUAAUUCGUUCCGCGAGUUUUUACGUCUAGCGAAUUUUUCGUCUUGCGAAGCACGGUUUCCCAUAGGAAUGCAUUGAAAUUCAAUUAAUGCGUUCCUAUGGUCAAAAAAAGUCCAAUCAAAGCCAAAUUUGGUACAACAAUAGUUUAUUAACUGCUCUUUAAAGUCACACAUACUUUAAAGAGCAUAUCAAAAAUUGAAGGAACAAUAAAUUAAGUUUCUAAACAUGACAGGAAAAACAUUUAAAAAUCAAAAAGGGUACAUUACAUUUUCUAAGACUCUGGGGACCACUCGAAGAAGGUUCCUCUUCCACUCUUUGCUUCUUGCUGAGGAACCUGUCCAUGGUCUGCUGCUUCAUCCGCCUUUUCAGCAGCUCCCUGAGAGGCAACAUGACCGUCGUAUCAAAAGUGUUCGCUUGGUCAUGUGCCACGUGCUUGUUAGGGUGGUGCCGCUCUGCAAAAGCCUGCACCUCCUUCCACUUCUGGCAAAUGUCCCUCAGUUCUUUGGAGGACAGCCGUUCCUCAGUUGCUUCCUCCUCUUCCAGCGAGGCCUGCUCCUGCGCAACCUCUGCCUGCAGUUCAACCAGCUCCUGGGUGGUCAGCUCGUGGUCGUGCUCCUCCACCAGCUCGCAGACGUCCUCCUCUGUGACCUCCAGGCCCAUGGUCCUCCCCAAGGCAACAAUGUCCUGCACCACUGUUGACUCUGGUGCAUCAGAGUCACUUGGUGCCACACAGUCCGGCCACAGGCUGCGCCAAGCGCAAUUCAAAUUUCUCUGGCUGAUCCCGUUCCAGGCCGUGGUGAUCAUCUUCAAGCAGGUGACGAUGUCGAAGUGGUCCUUCCAGAAUUCCCGCAGGGUGAUGGUGGUGCAAUCAGUCACCUCGAAGCAUCGCCUGAAAAGCUCCUUGGUGUAGAGUUUUUGAAAUUGGCGAUGACCUGCUGAUCCAUCGGCUGGAGCAGUGGCGUGGUGUUAGGCGGCAGGAACAUGAUGUUGAUGAAGCUGAACUCCUCCAACAAGUCCACCUCAAGGCCUUUAGGAUGAGCAGGAGCAUUGUCCAUCAGAAGCAAAGCCUUCAGCGGCAGGUCGUUGUCCAGCAGGUACUGUUUGACAGCAGGGCCAAAAGCAAGAUUGACCCAGUCCACAAACAGCACACGUGUGACCCAAGCCUUGCUGUUGGAUCGCCACAUGACACUCAGCCGCUCCUUGUCGACCUUGUGUUUCUUGAAGGCCCGUGGGUUCUCCGAGUGGUACACCAGCAGGGGCUUGAUCUUCAGGUCGCCGCUUGCGUUGGCACAGAAGAGCAGGGUCAGACGGUCCUUCAUGGGCUUGUGGCCAGGCAACUUGGCCUCCUCCUGUGUGAGGAAAGACCAUUGGGCAUCCUCUUCCAAAACAGCCCGGUCUCGUUGCAGUUGAAGACCUGCUGUGGAACGUAGCCCUCUGUCUUCACAGCCUCCAGGAACUCCAAGGCAAAGUCUUCAGCCGCAGGAACAUCAGAACUGGCAGCCUCUCCAUGCCUGACCACGCUGUGGAUUCCAGAUCUUGCCUUGAACCGGUCAAACCAGCCUCUGCUUGCCUUGAAGACUUCUGGCUCGCCUGAGGUUCCUGGCUGUUCCCGGAUGAGGUCUGCGUGCAAGGCCUUGGCCUUCUCACAAAUGACGGCCUCAGUCACUGUGUCCCCUGCAUGCUGCUUCUCUUCUAACCAGAUGAGCAGCAACUUCUCGACCUCCUCCAGAACAGCUGGGCGGUUCUUCACGAUCCUGGUGACUCCCUUGGCUGCAUCAGUCGCAAGGAUCUUCUCCCUCAUCUUCAGGAUGGUCCCGAUGGUCGAUGGGUUCCUGCCGUACUCCCUGGCGAGGUCCGUCACACGCAUUCCACCGUCGUGCUUCCAGAUGAUCUCCUUCUUCAUUUCCAGCGUCACCUUCUCCUUCUUCCUCUCGCCGGCCUCCGCAGCAGCAGCAGUCUUCUUGGGUCCCAUGGCAGCACAGCUCUUACCUUCGUAAACUCAGAAAAAGAAAAAAAAAUCAGCAAUUCAAACCCAGAACCAAGUCCUUGAAUUCCAAACACCCAACCCAAAAUCCAAAAACCCCCCAAAAAGUUUUAAAAGUUUAACUUACGAAAUGGCUGCAAAUCACCAAAGUCUUCAAAAUCCUGAAAUGGCUGCAAAAGAAGUUUUGUGAAAGCUUUAAAAAUCACCAAAGUCUUCAAAAACCUCAACUGUUCCCCCAGCCCCUCCCCAACUGUUGCAAACCCCUCCCCAACUGUUGCAAACCCCUCCUCAACUGUUCCCCCAUCCACCCAGCACACAGAAAUUCAAAACCCAGAAAUUUUUUUCAAAAUACAACAACAUGGCCCAAUGGUCACAGAAAACCAUAAAAAUUCAAAAAAACCCACACAAGCUCCCAAAUUCUUGCAAACCCCUCCCCAGCUGUUCCCCCAGCCACCCAGCACACAGAAAUUCAAAACCCAGAAAAUUUUUUCAAAAAAAAACAACAUGGCCUAAUGGUCACAGAAAAUCAUAAAAAUGCAGAAAAAACCACACAAGCUCCCAGAUUCUUGCAAACCCCUCCCCAGCUGUUCCCCCAGCCACCCAGCACACAGAAAUUCAAACCCAUAUUUUUUUUUCAAAAAAAAAUAAACAUGGCCCAAUGGUCACAGAAAAUCAUAAAAAUGCAGAAAAAAACCACACAAGCUCCCAGAUUCUUGCAAACCUCUCCCCAACACCAAGUCCUUGAAUUCUAAACACCCCAACCCAAAAUCCAAAAACCCCCCAAAAAGUUUUAAAAGUUUAACUUACCAAACAGCUGCAAAAGAAGUUUUGGAAAAGCUUCAAAAAUUCAGCAAACUCUUUAAAAAGCUCAAAAAGGCCACCACACCGCGUGCAAUGUGUUGCUCCUCGAAGUCAAGUCGCAACUGCACCUCUUCCAGCAAUGCACCCUGGGUUUUAACGGUUUUACGAAAAAGGAAACAAACUUGCAAGACGUUUUCGUCUUGCAAAGCAAGCCCAUACGUCUUGCGAAGCAACUCGAAAAUGAAAAAACCUUUCGUCUUGCGAGUUUUUCGUCUUGCGAGGCGUUCGUCUUGCGGGGCACCACUGUACUUCAGGGACUGCCUAAACCCUAAUAUCCCAGCUCAUUCACUGAGAUCACCCGCAGGAGCGUUGUUGUUCAUUCCCCAAGUUGGUGAGGCUUCUUUGACAACAAUGAAAAACCAAGCCUUUCAUGUCAUUGGCCGAGUGCUGUGGAACACCCUGCCAAUAGAGAUUCAGCAGGCUUCUGUGCCAACUUAAGUCCCUGCUCAAGAUGUUUCUAUUCUUAUUAUAUAGGCAGUUAAGAAUACAACUUUCCAUAAUAGUUUGUUGAUUCCUGAUUUUAAAUUUUUGCAUAAUCUUUAUUGUAUGGGCUUUAUAUACAAUUCUUGUAAACCACUCUGAUUUCUUUUUAAUGAGUAACGGAAUAUAAGUAAGUGCUCGUCCUUAAUAGUUUCCUUGUAUGUUUGCUUUCACCUAGAUGACAGGGGAAACUGUUGCGACUGGGAUGAACGAGCAGGAGGCACCAAUGAAUGGUGAGCUAUUGGAAAUAGAUGAACUGCUUUGGUAGAAAGCUUAUUUAUUCUCAGAUGUCGAUCAACAUGGUGGUGGUGGCAGUGCAGGGAGAUGAUCCCCCCCCCCCACAUACACCUGGUGUAGGAAGGGUUAUGGACUGGUUAUGGAGUGGUCAGGCAUGGGGCUUGCCCACAGUUUGCUUGUGCCAUGCCCACCAAGCACAUGUCUGAGAGACUUUCCGCUUGUCCUGAGCUUUCGAGGCAUGAGUCAGAGAGGUUUUCCGUUCGCCCCACCACUUUCCCUGGGGAAACCCUUAGCCCUGAACCUGAGCAGACAUCAGUCCACAGGAAACCUGAUUGACAUUUGCUCCGAUCCAGUGGUAAAGAGCGGGUUUUCCCAGGGGAAAGUGGUGGGGAGAAUGAGCUCAUAGAUGUGUAGUCUGGGGAGAAGCCAAACUAGACAGUUUUGAUGUGGACUCAUUAUUUUAUUUUAUAUAAAUAGGGAGAGUCACAUAAGUACUCCUCCCAGUAGUUACUCUUUGUAAUAGCUGGGCUAUAUAGACUCAUCUUAAAAUCUUGGCUAUGAGCAACUGCAUCUCUUUAUUUAUUUUUAUGCUGGGUAUGCUCCAUGUUUGCUUGGUCAUGUGCUAACGAUAAAUAAAUAAAUAAUUGAAAAGAAAAGAAAAGAAAAGGAUUACGGUUCAGGCAGCAUGGAAUUCUUUUUUGCAAACCGCUUUGAGGUUAAUUUGUUCUUUUUUUACAAAAGCAGCAUAUAAAUUUUAUGAAAUAAUAAAAAUAAUAAAAGGAAUAAAGUCCACUCUGGUGGCCUUACAUCUGUGAUCCAUUCGGACAUGCAGGCUAUCCCUUGAUGUUGCUUGUUCAGCCCUUGAUUAUACAUGUGGAGUCUCACUUAGCUGUAAUGUUGGUGGGUGUGUUUUCCCUCUCCGCAGACUUGCUUCUGACUCAGAACCACGUGAAUCCCAUGUUGGGGGAGCCUCCAACUUUCAAGAUGGAAUAUGACAGCAGUAUUCCCCUGGAGGCUUCUGUUGACAUCAUACCUCCUGUUCAUUUCAGCGAUGAGGCACUUGAGGAGUGCCUUGGUCAAGUAGAUGGCGCACCUACCCUGUUGCUUCUGGAUCAGCCGGUUUUCUUUGAAAAUGUGUAA